UGCUCCUCACGAAACCCGAAGAUCACAACUUCCUUUCCUUUUCUCUAUCAAGUCAGUCAACAUGGCUGUCGGUAAAAAUAAGCGCCUUACGAAAGGUGGCAAGAAAGGAGCUAAAAAGAAGGUGGUUGACCCCUUUACCAAGAAGGAAUGGUACGAUGUGAAAGCUCCUUCAAUGUUUGCUGUGAGGCAAAUCGGCAAAACUUUGGUGACACGUUCUCAAGGAACAAAAAUUGCCAGUGACAACUUGAAGGGCCGCGUCUUUGAAGUGAGCUUGGCUGAUCUUCAGAACGAUGAGGUUACUUUCCGCAAGUUCAAGCUCAUUGCCGAGGAAGUGCAGGGCCGCAACGUGCUGACCAACUUCUACGGCAUGUCUCUCACUCGUGACAAGCUCUGCUCUAUGGUGAAGAAGUGGCAGACUCUUAUUGAGGCCAAUGUUGAUGUGAAGACAACAGAUGGCUAUUUGCUGCGUGUGUUCGCUAUUGGAUUCACCAAGAAGAGGAACAACCAAGUGAAGAAGACCUGCUAUGCUCAGCAUGCUCAGGUGAAGGCUAUCAGGAAGAAGAUGGUUGAGAUUGUCUCGCGUGAAGUCUCCAGCAACGACAUGAAGGAGGUUGUCAACAAGCUGAUCCCAGACAGCAUUGGCAAGGACAUUGAAAAGAGCUGCCAAGGAAUCUACCCUCUUCACGAUGUCUUGAUUCACAAAGUCAAGGUCCUGAAGAAGCCCAAGUUUGAUGUUGGCAAGCUGAUGGAACUGCACGGCGAGGGAAGCACCACCACCUCCAAGGGUGUGACCUCCGAGGGUGGGGAGAAGGUCGACAGAGUCGAUGGCUACGAACCACCUGUUCUGCAGAAUGUUUAAGUGAACCAAUAGAGUGUAAUAAAUUCACAGAAAAAAAG